GGGGAUAGGCUCCUCCUAGGGUACUCUUUGUUCGACAAAGGGGUCGGCCAUCCCCCGCUGCUCUGCUGGAGGCUUCUAUUCUGGUUGGUCUGGCAUGAACCGUCCCGCUCGAUCCGCGUAUAGAUAGGGGAGUGAUCAAGCUUUUCACCACAGUUUCUCUUGACGUGUCUUAGGAAACGAUCUACAUCCAAUAUGUCUGGCAGAGGCAAAACCGGCGGCAAGGCCAGAGCGAAGGCAAAGACUCGCUCUUCCCGCGCUGGGCUCCAGUUCCCCGUCGGUCGUGUUCACAGGCUGCUGCGUAAAGGCAACUACGCACAUCGCGUUGGUGCCGGCGCCCCCGUCUACCUGGCGGCUGUGCUGGAGUACCUCACCGCUGAGAUCCUGGAGCUGGCUGGAAACGCCGCCCGCGACAACAAGAAGAGCCGUAUCAUCCCCCGCCACCUGCAGCUGGCCGUCCGCAACGACGAGGAGCUCAACAAACUCCUGGGCGGAGUGACCAUCGCUCAGGGCGGCGUGCUGCCCAACAUCCAGGCUGUUCUUCUGCCCAAGAAGACCGAGAAGGCCCCCAAGUCCAAGUAAAGUAAAGCUGCUGGAAACCACCGACACAAAGGCUCUUUUAAGAGCCACAUACUCACCUCUAAAGAGCAAAACUCUUCACACACCAACGUCAUUUAGGGAUGAUUUAUGAUUGCACUUUAGCGUCAAUAUUGGAAUAGUUUUGAUGUGUCAGAUGUUCCUGUCAGUGAGUGAGGGAACCAGUGCUCAUCUGGAAUCUUGAUAUAAAUAAUACGUUCUUCAAAUUUCAAUAUGCCUAAUGUACAUGGAUCCACGGCAUUAAAGGAACAUGCCUGUAUCUGUAAAGAUUAACAGUAUAAAUGCACAAACGACACAUGUUAGUAUUUGUCAAAUGAAAAAUAAACUAUUGUGGCUAUAACAGAUUAAAUGUACCCUUCAACAUCUCACAUUCUGCAUGAUGCAAAUCUUGGGGAAGAGGUAGUGAUAAUUAUUUAUU